GUAUGUAUAUGGGGCUAACAGAAAGGGGGUGUAUGCACAUGCAUAGUUUUUGAUUUUCAGAGUGGAUUUUCUUUCUUGUCUGAAAUCCCAUGUCAUACACAGCUGUCUGGGGCUGCAGUCUUAUUGCAACAGGACAAUUUGUGUGUUUCUCAUGCAUCAUGGGAAAGCUUGUCACUGUGGUGAUUAAUACCAGUAAGCAGCACAGUAACAUGGAAAGAUGAGCACUGAACAUGCCCUCAGCUGACUCUACUUGCUGGCUAUCUGCCUUCAAAGUUGUAACCUCUGCAGUCAUCACCUGGCCUGUAUUUCCUGUGUGUGUGUUUGGGUGUACACAUCAUGAUGGACUGGAAGAAGGAACUUCAUAUUUACAAGGACAGAUUUACCUAGCCUAAAAAUACAAAUGGAAGUACAUGUUCCAAUUUGAAUAUCCAUAGCAUUUUAAAAUAAAAUAAAGCUGACAGCUCAUCUGUUAAACCUCACACUCUUAGAAUUAAAGCAGUUAUACACUUGCAGUUGCUACUCCAGAGCAGUCACUGUCUUGAUAUUCUAAUGUGUUAGAUGUCUCUUUAUAUAGACUCAUGCAAGUAGUUGAAUAUAUUUAAUGUUCAUGGUCAAACUUUUUAUCUAAGGCUGAUUACCAGAACAGUUUAGACGGGACCUUUGAACAUUGUCUAAUCCAGGCCUGCUCAAAACACACACAGGCAAUUUAGGUUGCUAAGGGCCAUGUCAAGUAGAGUUUUAAAUAUCUUCAAGGAUGCUGAUUCCAAAACUUUUCUGGGCACCUUUUCCACGGCUUCUAAAUGUUUGGGGUUUUCUUAUUUUUUUACUUUCCCCCCAUCUCAUACCUGGCUGGCUCUUCUCUUGUUUCCACAUAGGUCUGUUGCAUCUUGUACUAUUGCUGUACAUUUCCAUGAAGGGAAAAUGCCUUGUUUUAAGCAGUUAGUGAUGGCAACAAGAUCUUCCUUGAGCUUCCUCUUUCUCAGGCUGAGCAUUCCCAGCUCUCUCAGUCUCUCUUCAUAUGUCAGGUGCUCCAGCACCUCUGACCACCUCUCUCCUCCCCUGGUCUCCUUCCAGUGUGUCUGUGUAACACUCCAGAUGUGGUCUCUCAAGUGUCAGACAGGAGGGGUCCCUUUCCUCACUUUUGCUGCUCCAGCCAGGAUGCAUGGCUCGUGUUCCCCUUCAUGCUACCAGCACACUGAGGUCCUGCAGAGCUGCUUUCCCACCAGAGAGCAACUUCUCCUGCUGCAUAAAGGGAGAGACUGACACUCACUUUACAGACUGAGGUCUCAGGCUAUCUCUAAUAACCAGAUGUACCAUAUAUUAAUAUAUUGCUGCUCAAAUUACAAGCGAUACAAUCAACAUAUACAUAGAUGCAAACUGCUGAGUAACAGCAGCAUCUGACAGAGGAGGCCAACUUUUGUAAACCGUGAUUUGUUACAUUGAAAUGUUUCAAGUUGCCAUUCCCCCUUGCUCUCCUUCCUUGUUUAUUUCAGCUCUUUAAUCAAUUCCGUCCCUAACACCAUCCAAGGAAUAUUUGGAAGUUAUUGUCCUCUCUUGGGAAGAUCUGUUUCCCCUUUGUUUGAAAUGAGAAUUGGAAAUAGGAAAAGACCUUUGUGGUGAUGUUACAUUCCAGCCUACUGUUUUUCUUAAUGUAAAAAGUCCUGAAAUUCUGCCAAAUUGAGAGUUUCUCAACUCAGUUUCCAAAAUACCCCAAAGAGUUUCCAAAUACCCCAAAUAAAUUUACUGUGUUCCUUGAGCAAAAGGUGCUCAAGAAAGCUGAAAUCUAAACAUUUUCUUGAACCUCACGAACCUAUUUGACCAAAUAUUGCAAAUGCUGACCCCUAUGGAGUACUUGACCAUGUUCAGCAUAAAGCUGAACAAAUGUCGUCUGUAAUUUGUGGUGUUUGUGGCCUAAUAUGACGCUGAAAUACAGGCAUAAAGUUACUCACUUCCCAUUCUUCCAUCCUGUCCAGGUAUGGUGUGUAGAUAAGGAAGAGCAUCUUGAAAAUGUGAAGGUGAAGUGUAAAAGACAGGACGUGGGGAGAAUGAAAGAAAGUGCCAAAAAGUCCCUGAUUUUGCAGGACUCUGAAGUCAGGCUUAAAUAGAUGGCAUCCAUUUGUUAGGACAAAAGUGUGAACACUUUAGCUGUGGAGACAUAUCUCAGACAGGUACUGGUCCUCAGUGCAGAGUUAAAAGAUACUAAUGCUGAUCACCUUAAAUCUAAGUUUUGGUACAUAGAUACAAAUAAUGUAGUCUUUUAGAACUAAGUACUGGGGAGCUGGGAAAACCCAGGGUGAAGACUCUAAGUGUAACUCCAACUUGAUCCCUCUGUUCCACUUACAACUAGACUCUAGUGGAUCUGCUGGAUCACGGAGAUUGUGUGUGAUGCUGUCCAAGUCACUGGAGAGGAGCUCUUCACAAGUGGCCUUGCUCCAUGUGCUCAUUCACUGAUGUCCAGCUUGCUCCUUCAGGAUCCUACUCAGCAAAGUGCUCAAGGCUUGCAGCAGUGACUGAAGUCAGAAGGGGCUGACUUCUGAAGAUUCCAGGCAGGAUGAAAGACCGUUUAAGUGAGCUGCGUGAAUUUGCCAGGUUACACAACCAACAGUUUUCUGAUAGUGAUGAUGAUGAAAAUUCACCCCAGGACAUUCUCCUUUAUGAGACAGACUAUGCCUUGGAAAUCCUUCAUAAGGACAUACAGAGCAUCCGGACAGAAAAUGACCACCUGAAAGCGGAUGUCAACCGUCUCAGAAAGCAAAACAGCCGCUUCCUUACUUCCAUGCGCCGUCUUAGUAGCAUCAAACGAGAUACUAAUUGUAUUGCCAGAGACAUUAAGAGCCGUGGAGAAAGCAUCCACAGGAAACUGCAGGUAAUGAGAGAUUUCUGUGAAGAUGCAGUAACAAAAUACGGAGCUAUGUCUGUCAUUGCCAGGGUGGCGAAGAACCACUACGUUGACCUCAUGCACACAUUUCAGGAUGCUAUGUUUGAUUACAAUGCAGCAGAGAUGAACCAGCGGGAGAACUGCAAGAUUCGAAUUCAGCGGCAGCUGGAGAUCAUGGGCAAAGACGUUUCUGGCCACCAGAUUGAAGAGAUGAUUGAGCAAGGCAAAUGGGAUGUCUUCUCCGAGAAUCUCUUGUCGGAUGUUAAGGGAGCUCGCGCAGCCUUGAAUGAGAUAGAGACGCGGCACAAGGAGCUGGUGAAGCUAGAAGGCCGCAUUAAGGAAGUUCACGAGCUCUUUCUGCAGGUGGCCCUGCUGGUGGAGGAACAGGCGGACACCUUUGAUGUUAUUGAGAUAAAUAUGCAAAAUGUUGAGGACUAUGUAGGAGAUGCUAAAGACCAAGUGAAAAAAGCUUUGGAAUACAGGAGAAAACAUCCCCUCAGAACAAUCCUCUGCUGUUGCAUAUCAUGUUGCAGAAGGUGAUGGUCCCACUGGAGCUAUCACAGACUGACUUAAUGUCUUCAAAAGCAGCUGUUCUUUCCACAGACUUUUUUGUAAUGACAAGCCCUAGAAAUAGAGGGGGUAUUUUACAUUUUGCAGUUGGUUUUGUUCAUUGCCUGUUUACUAAAUGUGCUGAAGGCUGUUUGUAUUUAUAAACUCCUAGAAAUGUUGAUACAAUUAUUUUUAAUAUAAUUUUUAUUGAAAGGUCCUGUUACUGUAACUAGAGGUGCAAUAUCUCUACAGUGAUACUUGCUUCAUAUAGGCAAGAAAGAAGAAUUAAUAACUUAUCCUAGGGAAGACGAAUACUUUUAAGAAGAAACUUUAUUCUUAUUUGUCGAAGUGAGGCUGCAGGUGAUGAAGUCAUAUUGCCUGGGGCAACACAGUACACAGAAUCAGAAAGUUUCAGUUUUAACUAGUUUGGAGCCUGCUUGAUACAAAUUUGGCAAAAUACUGUGCCUGGAGCAAGAGCAGGACACAGAACUAGUUUCUCUUUCAACUUGAUUUUCAGCUGUCUUAACAGAAGUGGCUGCACCUUAAAUGAUAAUAUUCAGAUUUUGCUCUAUUUGUGUGCAAGUGACUGCUUUUUUCCAUUUUGAGUACCCAGCUCUCUCAAGGUGGCUAAAAGCACUGCAACACUGAGGCAUCUCACUCACUUUUAACUUGAGCCACUCUCGACUCUGCCAUGCUUUCAUGUUCUGAUGCAUUUUUCUGCCAAUUAACACUUCAGCCAGAGGCGAAACAUGGAGUAGCCUUCUGCAGAAACACGUAUAAGAAGACAACAGCUGUGGCGUUGAGAAAGCUUUGUAGGAUCUCCUGUACUGGCACAUACAUAGAAGCAGUUUUAGUGGAAUGACUGACCUGUCAGUACACUUUUAUUUUUUUAUAAGCAUUGACCAAAUAUGGAUUUUUUAAUAUCUAUUUUAAAUAAGAUGAAGGAUUAAACUUUUUUUAAUAAGCAAUUUUACUUGUGUACAAAAAUUUUGACUCUUCUCCAGUUGUUGGGAAAUCUCCACCUGGGAAAGCAAACAGAACUAUUUCUUCAGUACACCUGAGGAAAAAAGAAAACAGUUUCAUGCCAUUUCAGUGUUCUUUUCAAGCUUAAAAGGAAACUCUCCUUUUGUGGGAGUCUGCCCUUACACAAGGGCAAACCAGUAGGUUUGGAGUAUUGCAAGGAAAUAAAAAAUGUGCAGUCCUGGUAAGCACUGAGCAUUGUCAGUGGAACAUACUCACAAGGUCUGGUGAUUGAUCACAGCUCCUGCUUCUGGAGGUUUUCCAACUAUAUUUCUAGGUGGCUUCCUGAUACACUGUGAUCUAUUGAUAUCCUUUGAAAUAAUGCAGGACAUUUUUUCAGAAUUUUUUUUAACUAAUGGUCCUAUUUGUACCAAUUUUAAUACAUAUAUUUCAACAUUUCAAAUAUUUUGUAUUUGGGAGUUUUCCUCAGAUGUGCACAGAUGUACACCUUCCUGCACUAGUUACAGUGAAACUUCUCCCUUCUUACCUUUUGCACCCUGAUUUUAUCUGUGAAGAGAAACCCCAAACAUUUCUUACUAUUUGUAUUAAUAUAACAAAACAGCAAAAUAAAUCCACUUCCAAGCUUUCAUAUCUUACUGGGAAACAAUUUUAGCCAGACAGACUUUUUUAUACAAAUAGAAAUUAAAGGGACAGCUUUUCACAGAAAGUGAUUGUCCCUUUUGCUGUAGCACCUGUCUCUGAUAACAUGGAAGAGUGAGGAACACCGAUCUCCUAAACUAUAAGAUAUUUUGAUAUUCAGUGGUGUACUGGUGCUAUCAGUGUUGUGCUUGUCUGAGGAUGUCUCCAGUGAGGUGUUCAAACUUGAAGGGGGAGAAAGGAGGGUGAUGAGCUGGGACCACAGCCAGUGGCUUUGGUGCUACUCAAGAAGACAAAGUUGUUUACUCUGUAGGUACUGCCACUGAGUCAGUGGAACUGUGCAUUCCUCUGAGAGUCAGCAUGUGGGGAUAAAUCAUGAAGAAUGAAAUACUGUAUUUCCUUUCACAUGCCUAUUCCUAGCACUUGCCAAUGUUUUUGAUAAAAAUAUGUCCAUGUUUUUUUGUGCUGGUUCCUUUUUUGCAUCUACAAAUGGAAUAAAAGA